AUGUCGAUGAUCACCUUACCGGUCGAAAUUCUGCUCGCAAUAUGCCAUGAGCUAGAGGCAUAUGAGCUAUGUUCUCUUUCGAGAACAUGCAGGAAAUUACAUGAGUUGAUUGAGGGCCUGGCAUGGAAGGAUUAUCUCCUACGACACCCCCGUUCCAGCAUUACUCACCGUAUCAAUUCUUCACCACAGCAGCAAGCAGCAUACAAUCAUGCUGUCGACCAUUCCUGGCACUCUAGAUCUUAUGUUGCUUGUGCUUUCAGCGAAGCCUGGCAUCGUGUCGGUCCCGCGCUCGCGCUCACAUCGAACCGACUCGCUGUUGGCGCAGGAGAGCAAAUACACCUCUUUCCAGUGCUCGGAAAUUCGCAUAGCGGCCAGCUUGAAUCGCCCCUCACACAUCGGAUACACGCACGUGAUGCUCGGCGAGAUGUUACGGCCAUCGCCUUCCUACCGGAUGGGGAGCAGGGGCGCACGCUGUUGAUCGGACGUGCUGAUGGGCUGGUGCAACGCUAUCACCUCUCUCCUGAUGAGCGGACGCUACACGCGACGGCGAGAUACGAUCAUCCUACGAGCUGUGUGCUCUCGCUAUCCGUUGUCAAUGACACUGCUGUAACAGCAGCCCGGAACGGAGUGGUCUCAUUCAUUCCAACAUGUUCGCCGUGGAUACAGCCAAGCACACUGCAGGUGCAUUCCAAACCAUGGUCUGUCCACUUCAGCCCAGACCGGAACAUGCUUGCUGUCGGCACGAUCGGUCAGCACCCUCUCAAUGUUUACUUCGUUCUCCCCUCUGGACCGCUCUCCUCCCACCGACGAGCCGUCCUCUCCGGCCCCGCCCGCGCCUCAGCAGUGUACGGCAUCACACAUGCCCCAUCUGGCUCAAUCUGGGGGAGUUCCAGCUCACAAGUGUUCGUUUCGGGCUGGUUCGAUGGAAAAACGCGAGUACACGAUAUGCGCCAAAAGGACCGAACUGCCUGCUUGAGUUUGAGCGAUCCGUGGGAUGACUCGCCUGUCUACGCUGUUGCUGCUGGUGGGGGAGGGAGCUGUCAUAUUGCGGCUGGAAGCUCAAGGCAUGGUAUUGUUAGACUCUGGGAUGUCAGGCAACCCAAGGCUGGAUGGAGCGCAUUCUCACCGGGUAAAGAUAACAGCCCAGUUUAUAGUCUUGUCAUGGAGUCCUCUCGAGUGUUUGGCGUCACUGAGUCGAGGGCGUUUGUCAUGGACUUUGACCCUAGUGCACGCCCGUCUGAUUAUCCACCCACUCCGAUUGCAAUGAAGAAUGCGGUUAGGGAGAACGACCAGUCGUUACUGGGUGAAUGGACACCGCAUUAUUUACAUUGCAUGACGAAAAUAGACAUAUCCAGACAGCCAGCACGUAGAGAGAGACGACUAGCAUAA